AUGGCAUUCUCUGCGGCGAAGGCAGUCGAUGGGGAACAAAAGAGAGGAGUCGUCAGAGAGUCGGAGACUGCAAUCGACGUGUCGCCGCUGCCGCCGCCGCCGCCGCCGCCGCCGCAGUUAAUGAGGAGUGUUUGCGGGAGGUCGGAGGUGCGUGUAGUGCGUCGCGGCACGCGAGGACAGCGAGUGGCUGCCAUGUGGCGGCGCGUGCUGGCCGAGUAUGCGCAGGGCACCACACUGCACGGCUUCCGCUACUUGGCGCCCGGGCUGUGCGGCCGCGCCGCCAGAUUAUGCUGGUUUAUCGCCAUCGCCACAUCGAUAGUUUUCGCGGCGACCGCCAUCUCCGACACGUGGAGGAAGUACCGCGACAGCCCGACGACCACCUCGGUGGUCAGCACCAACUUCCCGCUCUACCGGAUUCCCUUCCCAGGUGUCACCAUCUGCCCAGCCGUCAAAGUGCGAAGGACCGUCGGAGAGAAGUUGCUAAUGAGGUACCUGAACUUGUCAGAAGCAGACGAUGUGACGCGCCAGAAGCUGUACCAUGUGAUGGCGGCGCUGGCGCUGGUGGAGUUCCCCUACUACUACAUGGUGCCUCUCUCCAUGGAGAAGGCCGGCGACCUCGUUGACAAGCUCAACGACAUAAACAUCACGCGCUUCAUGAUGCAGACGCUGCCGACGAUCGACGACGUGUUCUACGAGUGCUUCUGGCAGGGCCACAUCAACAACUGCUCCAACAUGUUCUUCCUGCAGCGCACCGAAGCCGGCUUCUGCUACGGUUUCAACUCACUCGCCGCGGAGAACACGAGGCAGUGUCCGGCGAUGUCUACGUACAAGGUGCCCACUGGGGCGACCGUGAACCGUGAUCCGUGCCAGAUGCGACGCAACAUCGCUUCAGGCCCCACGACGGGUCUCGAAGUCUUCCUCAAGUCGCUGCCCGAAGAAGAAUCUCUGGGCGAUGGCCAGAGGGACCGGGAUGGGUACAGGGUGUUCCUACAGCCGGUGACGGAGGUCCCGCAGGCGGGAACGGGCCUGCUGCUGCCGCCCAGCGACGACCACGUGAUGCGCGUCCGGCUGUCCGUCUCGUUCACAGAGAGCAGCCUGCAGGUGGCCUCGCUGGACGUGCCGCAGCGCAGCUGUCUCUUCCCGGACGAGCAGCCGCUGGAGCUCACCAACUCCUACUCGCAGACCUCCUGCCUCACCGACUGCCGGCUCUCCUACAUCAUCUCCAAGUGCAACUGCUCGCCCUACUUCUUCAACCACAUUCAGAGGGACCUGCGCUUCGUGAAGCCGCAGGGGCAGGGCGUGGACGGCGACGACAGCUCCAAGUUCCUGGACGGCGUGCUCGACUGCUCGCACUGCCUGCCCACGUGCCGCAGCUACUCGUACGUGCAGGAGGUGCGCUACGAGAGCAUUACGCCACGCACGCCCUACCAGGGCUACAUCGACGUCCACUACGCAGAUGUCAGCGCCGUCAAGUACGGCGUCGAUCUCGCCUUCGACUCCAUGACCCUCAUAGGUAAGGACUCGGGUCUGAAGAAAUCCACAGCUAAAGUUCACUUUGAAACAGUGACAUUCCUGAUCGAACUUAACCGGACGACAACACUCAACAUAGUUCUACGUGCAGAAUGGUACGGUCUAGGUACAGACAUUGUGAUCUAA